AUGGACGAGAUUAAUCGAUGGGCAGACAUUGACGAAGAUUUGUUGAAAGAAAUUUCAAAACGGUUUCAUGCCUACGAUGAUUACCUUCAGCUUCGAAUGGUUUGCAAAGAGUGGAGCUUGAAACUUCCAAAGAUUCCCAAUGGAAACAAAAUUCCAUGGUUAUUGUUACCUGACGAAACUGUCAAGAAUCAUUCCUACGAAGACGAGGAGAUUUAUCAUCUCAUGCAAUUAGCUGCUGCAGAUGAUGAAACUCUUGAUACUUGCGUCCUUGAAGAGAAAGAUAUUUACCAUAUCAUGCUGCCAGAGAUGCAGUCGGACAACAAGUUCAUCCGCGGUUCUGGUCAUGGAUGGGUGAUUGUCCAAUCCAUAUCUGAUGGCACUAUGCAAAUGUUAAAUCCAUUUACAAAUCGUAGUUUGGAUCUUCCUCCAGUCUCAACUUUACCCACUAUAAUUGAUUACCAGCCUGAUAAUCAUGGGGAUGAAUACACAACGUGGGAUUUUCGUGACAUUAGGAUCACCCUGGAUAGAGAUAGCGUGCAUAGAUUCCAAGUUUUUAAGGUUAUUAUAAACUCAUCUCCUGAGCAUGACAUUGAAAAUUUUAUGGCGGUGGUGAUAUUCGGACCUAACCAGAGGCUGGCCUUUUACAAGCCUGGCAAUAUGAGAUGGGUAGAAUUUCCAACCAGAGAUAAGAGGUUUGAGGACGUAAUAUUUUUCCAAGAAAAGAUAUAUGCCAUAAACAAUGACGGGCAGCUAUAUGAAUUUGAUACAAAGAUAAGAGCAGGGCUUAAGGGAGGAAUCCAUGAAACCAGACCUCCAUCCGAAAUUCCCGUAGGCCCUCACGAGCCUAAAUGUCUUAUUGGGUGCGCCAAUGGAAGCUUAUUGAUGUUGGUAAGAUAUCUUCGCCAUCCCUUCUUGAGGAGAAUACGCAGGGAUUUUGAAACUUACAAAUUCGAUAUCUAUGAGUUAAAAAGAAACAGAAAAGAGUGGUCAACAUUAGAUAAUUUAGGUAACUAUAUACUAGUGAUUGGCUUUAAUUCUUCUGUUCAAAUUCCUAUGCCUUUUCUAAGCAAAGGAAACCAGAUUUGGUUUACAGAUAACCAAACAGCGAUGCAAUCAUCAUUUUACGAUCCUGUUUUUCAAGAUAUCGGCAUCUUCGACUUGGACCAUGGAAAUUUCCAGAGAGUAUUGUUAGAAGUGAAGUUCUUUUGUCCUCCUGUUUGGUUGUUACCCUAA